AUGAACAGGACCUUGACUGUUGUUGCUGCCACUGCUUUUCUCACAGUAGGAAUUGUUGAAGGAAUCCAUAAAUGGAGAGAAACGAAUCAAAAAAAAAAGAAGAAGUCUUCUUUGAAGAAACCUGUUACUGAGACCAAAAAGCGCUACUCCGAAGAGCUCAUAAGGGAGCAGCUUGCAAGAAACUAUGUAUUUUUAUCAGAGAAAGGAAUGGAAAAGGUAAGGAAACAGCAUAUAAUUGUGGUGGGAUCAGGAGGUGUAGGAUCUUGGGUUUCUACUAUGUUAGUAAGAUCAGGAGUGGGUAAGAUCAGAAUCAUAGAUUUCGAUCAAGUGACCUUGAGCUCUUUGAAUAGACACUCAGUUGCUACUUUGGCCGAUGUUGGUACUCCUAAGGUCGAUUGUAUAAAGAAACAUUUGCUAGAGGUGGCACCAUGGGUUAAUAUUGAGACGAGAAACCAAUUAUGGAACUUGGAGUCCGCCGAGGAGUUACUUUUCGGUGAUAGCUUUGAGCCAACAUAUAUAGUCGACUGUAUCGAUAACAUGGAUACGAAGGUAGAUUUGCUAACAUACUGCCACGAAAAUAAUUUGCCAGUUGUGUCUUCGGGAGGGGCAGCUUGCAAGGCAGAUCCCACGAGAAUCAAUAUCAGUGACAUUUCAAAAACAGAAGAAGAUCCGUUGUCACGUAUUGUGCGUAUUCGUUUAAAGAAAAGAGGAAUAAUAACCAAUAUUCCUGUUGUGUUCUCUGCAGAGAAACCCGAUCCCAGAAAAGCGCAACUUCUUCCCUUAGAUGAUGAUGAAAUCAAGAAGGGAGACGUUGACAUGUUAUCUGCACUUCGGAAUUUUAGAGUCAGAAUUUUGCCUGUGAUAGGUACUAUGCCUGCGAUGUUUGGUUUGACGAUAGCUACUUACUUGUUGACUUCCAUCGCAGGCUAUCCUAUUGAGCCAAUUGAAGGCAAAAAUAGAUAUAAGCUCUAUGAUGGGCUUUAUAAUAGCUUAGCUGGGCAACAGUCCAGACUAGGUGAACUUGAUCAAAGGUUUCCAAUAGCAUUAAACGAUGUGAAUUAUCUUUUGGAAGAAGUAUUUCACGGCAAAUCGCCCAUAUCCAAUUACUCCACCAGGUUGACUCUCUCAAGAUGGGAUCCAAAGAAAGAUAUUUCUUUGCAGAAUGUAGUAGUUAUGACUAAGGAAGAGCAGAAAAGACAUGAAGACCGAAUAUUACUCGGUAAUGACUCAAUUGAAGAUGUUUAUUCUCCGGAAGUUUUAGAAAGAGUUAAAGCUAGGUUUGCAGAUGAGAGAUACUACUCACAAUUCAGAUGA